AAAAAAAGAAUACACAAAAUAAACACGUCAAAUACACUAUUACUUUUAUUAAACACAUAUGUCAAAAUUAAUAACAUAAAAAAAACAGUUUAUAAAUAUAAAUAAUUUAAUUUAACUCCACCACCAAUAAUGAAAGACACCCACUUUGACAUUCACAUUCACCAAAGAACAUAGCACCAAAACAAUAUAAUAAAACCAAGAUAAUGCUCAACACCCUGUUGUGUUUUCUCUAUCAUAUCAUGUUCCUCCUUUUCUUCUUCUUCUUCUUCUAACUCUCUCUCUUUCUUCUCACCUUCCUUCUUCUUCUCUUUCCCAUCUCUAUAUCUUCCACAAAACUCUCCAAAUUUGCCUCUUUAUUGACCUUUGGUCUAAACCCACCAAGACCCAUUUCUCUAUUUCUUGUGCAAAGUUCUAUAAAAAGCUUGAGAGUUCAUUGACUUGAGUUGGUGCUUAGAGCUAAAAGAGGGUGAAUUUAAAACCCAAUUUAUUGGUUGAAGCUGAUUUUUCUGGUCCUUUGGGUCUUCUUUAGUGGUGUUUUCUCGGAGAAACGAUGAUGAUGUUUGAUGACAUGGGGUUUUGUGGUGAUUUGGAUAUGUUCUGUGGUACACUUGGGGAAGGGGAUAUUUCUGUGAGGCAAACUGAGCCAGAUUCGGUAGUGGAGGAUGAUUACAGUGAUGAAGAAAUGGAUGUGGAUGAGCUUGAACGAAGGAUGUGGAGGGACAAAAUGCGUCUCAAGCGAUUGAAAGAGCAAACCAAGGCUAAAGAAGGAAUUGAUGCCGCAAAGGCAAGGCAGUCUCAGGAACAGGCAAGGAGGAAAAAGAUGUCAAGAGCUCAAGAUGGAAUAUUGAAGUACAUGCUGAAAAUGAUGGAGGUUUGUAAGGCACAGGGAUUUGUUUACGGGAUAAUUCCCGAGAAGGGAAAACCUGUGACCGGAGCAUCUGACAAUCUUCGUGAAUGGUGGAAGGAUAAGGUUCGGUUUGAUAGGAAUGGUCCGGCUGCCAUAUCCAAGUAUCAAGCAGAUAACGCGAUUCCAGGGAAGAAUGAUGGAUGCAAUUCCAUCGGUCCAACUCCUCACACCUUGCAAGAAUUACAAGACACGACCUUAGGUUCUCUCUUAUCUGCACUUAUGCAGCACUGUGAUCCUCCUCAGAGGCGUUUCCCAUUAGAGAAGGGUGUUCCUCCACCAUGGUGGCCAACCGGAAAUGAAGAGUGGUGGCCACAGAUCGGUUUGCCUAAAGAUCAAGGCCCUCCACCAUACAAGAAACCUCAUGAUCUGAAAAAAGCAUGGAAAGUUGGCGUUCUAACUGCGGUUAUCAAGCAUAUGUCUCCUGAUAUAGCCAAGAUUCGCAAGCUCGUGAGGCAGUCCAAAUGCCUUCAAGAUAAAAUGACGGCCAAGGAAAGUGCAACCUGGCUUGCUAUCAUCAACCAAGAGGAGGCCUUGGCUCGAGAGCUUUAUCCGGAUUAUUGUCCCCCGUUGUCCUCUAGCGGAGGUAGUGGUUCUAUGAUCAUCAAUGAUUGCAGCGAGUAUGAUGUUGAUGGGGCUGAGGAUGAGUCAAACUUUGACGUGGAUGACCGAAAACCCGAAAAUCUUCAUCCAUCCAAUCUUGGGAUGGACAGGAUGAGGGGAAGGUUUCCAGUUCAACAACCUUCUCCUCCAAUCAAGGGAGAGGUUGAGGUUAUCACAAACUUGGAUUUCAUUAGGAAGAGGAAGAUCUCUAGCGAAUUCAACAUGAUGAUGGAUCAGAAACUCUACACAUGUGAACAUCCUCAAUGUCCUUAUAGUGAAGUUCGCCUCGCCUUUCAAGACAGGUCUUCUAGGGACAAUCAUCAACUGAACUGUCCAUAUAGAAACAGUUCUGCUGGUUAUGGCGGCCCUAACUUUCACGUUACCGAGGUUAAGCCCGUUAUUUUCCCACAAAGCUUCGUUCAACCCAAUUCUACAGUUCAGUCUGCUACUUUGGUUCCACCUUCAUUCGAUUUAACUGGACUUGGUGUUUCGGAGGACGGCCAGAAAAUGAUUAGCGACCUAAUGUCAGUCUAUGAUACCGAUAUCAUAGCAAACAAGAACUCAAGUCCCACCAAUUGUAUAACUGUUGAACACCAAAACCUUUCUCAGCCAAUCAUUCAGCCACAACAACAGGACAAUUUCUUUUCGAGUCAAGGAAUGCAAGGAAUGCCGAUGGAAGCAAACUUUUUUACUCGCGAGGAAAGUCAUUUUGACCGGUUUAGGGCCGUAAACGCUCCAUUCGAAACCAACCACAACAACAGCAAUAUCAUGUUUGGUUCUUCAUGUGAUUUGACAUCCUUUGAUUUUAAGGAUGAUCUACAACUACAAGGAGGAGGAGUAGGAAUUGAUACACUUUACAAACAACCAGAUGUUUCAAUAUGGUACUGAAUAAUGAAAAGUGAAUGUGAAAAGUUGUGUACUAUUGGCUUUUUUUUAUUGUGUCAUUAGAAGGGAUUGACACUAUCUUAAUUAUCUUGUGAAACUCCCUUGACUCAAAAAUCAAAGGUAGUUUAGUUACUGCAUUUUUCUUCACAUCGUUUAGGUUUAUAGAUAUUAUAAUGCUUGGCAGGUCUUGUUCUGGUAUGGUGGUAUGUUGUAAUAAAUCAUGUGGAUGUUACAUUCCCAUAAUGUAACCAGUCUUAGCCUUAUUAAUAUUGUUGUUACUA